AUGGGAAGUAAGCGCAAAAAGCGCAAAGCCGAUGAUAAUUGCUCCCCAGAAAAUUCGAGGGAUGUCGACAGUCCAGAUUCUGACUCCUCAAUGGAUGAGGAUAAGUAUAAAGUUUUUAAAAUCGAUAAUUACUGUCGCCAAUAUCCUGAGGAUGGAGGAAAUUUUGAAUAUAUAGUUAUUUAUGAAAGUACCGAUACGAGGCCUUUAGGCGACAGAGACCUUAUGUCCCUUGGCGCCUGUCUUAAGCGCCAAAGCAAGGGUAUAAAACGUUUCAAGAGAAUUAAUAAAUAUAAAGUUGGAGCCAUUUUUGAAAGGCCAGGUUUAGCCAACAUAGCAUUAAAUAACACCAAAGUACAAAAAGAUUUACAUGUUAAAGCCACAAUACCUGCAACAUUAACAGAAAUAACAGGGGUCAUAAAAAACGUACCUAUAUACAUGUCAAACAAAAGUAUUUACAAUGGUAUUUCCAGCUCCAGAGACGUCGUCUCGGUGCGCCGGUUUAUGCGAAGAAGUCGUGAUGAAGAUGGUAACACAAGUUUUCUGCCCACCCAAUCAGUCGCCAUUACCUUUGCCUGUCCCACACUCCCUACGAAUGUCCAUAUCAACUCAUGGUAUUUCGAGGUAAGCGCUUACACCCCACCAGUAACACAAUGUUUAAAGUGCCUGAGAUAUGGCCACAUUGGUAAAUUUUGCAAAAAUACUCAACGUUGCUCAAUAUGUGGAGAAAACCAUCAUUUUAAAGAUUGCACUAAAAAUAGCACAGAAGCUGUAUGUCUUCACUGUAAUGGUAACCAUAUAGCUAUCUCAGCUGAAUGCCCAAUUAAAAAGAAGAAAAUACAAGAAAACAAAAUAAAACACAAGACUGUUCCUUUCUCUAGUUUAUUUAAUGAAAAAUCUUUUCCAUCUUUAAACACUAAAACUAAACCUACUGACAAUAUUAACACAUUAUUGCAAAAUGAUGACUUUUUAAAACUAAUCAUUGCAUCAGUUAUUAAAAUUAUUUCUGUUAAUAAAACAGAUGACUCUCCCUUAAACUCAGAAGGCAUAAAAAACAUAAUUUUAGAUACUUUUAAGAUUUCCAGUACUAACACUAAUUAA